UGCCUGAACCUGAACCUGAAGGUAAAGCUCUUUAUAGAUUAAAUAAACAAACUUUUAGUGUGCAACUCAUUUUGGUGUUUUGUGGCGAGAUGUGCAAGAAAAGCAUCUGGUUAUUUUCUGCUUUGUGUAAUUGUUUGAAUGGCAAUGGUGGCCAACCCCAUCCAUUCAGUUUAAUGCAAUUAUUUCUAUGAAAUCUGAUUUGGUAUAUGACCUGCAUCAUUUUAUCUCGCUCGUAACAAAAUCAUUUCAUGAUGUACAGAUGUAAACAUUUUUGCAACGGGAUGGUGUCUCAGUUUGCAUGCCAUGUUUCAUAUAUGAGCUUGCUUUCAUGGCAUGUGCAAGGACAAGUUCUGUCAGAACAUUGGGUCGUCACAUUCAGCUGUGCAUUUUCUUCAGGCAAUUUAUUUUUGGUAACAUGAAAACAGUUUGAUGUGUAAAAUAGUAAAGCUUAAAUGUGAUCAUUACUUUUUGCAGCUUACCUUUGUUUAAGUGCUAGUUAAUGUGUUUAAAAUAUUAUUUUUGUUAACGUAACUUUCAUUCCUUCCUCUACUGUGAAAUGACUGAAGCCCCUGUUGAGGAGGAGGCCGCAGAUGAGCUAAAACCGAAGCCAAAGUUCAUGCCCAACAUCACUGCUCCAAAGAUACCCGAGGGAGACAAAGUGGACUUUGACGACAUCCACAGAAAGCGUCAGGAGAAGGAUUUAACUGAGCUGCAGUCUCUCAUUGAAGCUCAUUUCAUCCAGCGAAAGAACGAUGAAGAGGAACUGAUCGCGCUGGUCAACCGAAUCGAGAAGCGUCGUGGGGAGAGGGCAGAGCAGCAGAGAGUCCGUGCCGAGAAAGAGAAGGAAAGACAAGCUCGUCUCGCUGAGGAAAAGGAGAGAAGAGAGCUCGAGGAACAGAGAAAGAAACUGGAUGACGAUUUCAAGAAGAAGAAAGCUCUUACCAACAUGACGCACCAGUACGGAGGAAUACAGCAGAAGGGAGAGGGCCGCAAAGGGGCAAAGAAACAGACGGAGAGAGAGAAGAAGAAGAAGAUCUUGGCCGAUAGGAGGAAGCCACUUAACAUCGAUCAUCUGUCUGAAGAUAAACUGAAAGAAAAGGCCGGUGAGUUCUGGCAAUGGAUGAUGCAGCUGGAGGCUGAGAAGUUCGACCUCGGCGAGAAACUAAAGAGACAGAAAUAUGAUAUCACUCAACUACUCGCUAGAGUCCAAGAUCACCAGAGUGCCAAAGGUCGUGGAAAGGGCAAGGUUGGUGGGAGGCUGAGACUUUAAACAGGUUCCGUAUUAGUUACUCCACAUGGUGAUCCAAAGACGUGGCGUUGCUGUGAGAGAUUGGAAGCUUAGUGGUUUACCUCAUGGUGUUCUCAUUGUUUUGUGGCAACCAAACUGAGCUAUGAACAGCUCAAACCAUCGAAUGCUUUUUAAAUCACCAAGUGCACAAGCAAAUAUAAAGUUGAAACGGUGAAGCUUGCCAUGGAAAAAAAACUCAUUCCAACUACAUUGAACCUGAGCUUUCCCAUUCCUUAAGUAACCACCCUUUCACAUUGGCCAUAACCAUCGCAGCAUCCUAUCAAACAGUUUUGUUGCGAUUUUACCAAAGCAUUUCUGAUCUUCAUAUUAGUCUUUGUGUACACCUCAG